GCGGUCCUUUUGGUUUGAAGAAGAGUCGACAAUGGCGGAUGCAGCUCCUGCCGGUCGUGGUGGUUUUCGUCAGGGAUUCGGUCGUGGUGGACGAGGUGGUCGUGGACGUGGCCGCGGACGCGGCCGUGGAGGUCGUCGAGGGGGCAAGGAGGGCGAGAAGGAAUGGCAACCCGUGACGAAAUUGGGCCGUUUGGUCAAAGACGGGAAGCUGAAGACCCUCGAGGAGAUCUAUCCUUAUGCCUAUCCCAUCAAGGAAUUCGAGAUAAUCGACACUUUCCUCGGCACCUCCCUGAAGGACGACGUUUUGAAGAUCAUGCCCGUCCAGAAGCAGACCCGUGCCGGUCAGAGGACCCGUUUCAAGGCAUUCGUUGCUAUCGGUGACUACAAUGGACAUGUCGGUCUCGGUGUGAAGUGCUCCAAAGAAGUCGCCACCGCUAUCCGCGGAGCCAUCGUGCUCGCAAAACUGUCCGUCAUCCCAGUCAGACGAGGAUAUUGGGGAAACAAGAUCGGAAAGCCCCACACCGUGCCUUGCAAGGUUUCCGGCAAGUGCGGAUCCGUUAGCGUGAAGCUGAUUCCCGCCCCGCGCGGAACUGGCAUCGUGUCUGCUCCCGUACCGAAGAAACUCCUGCAGAUGGCUGGUAUCGAUGAUUGCUACACCCAGGCUCGGGGUUCGACCUGUACCCUCGGAAACUUCGCCAAAGCCACCUAUCUGGCUAUCCAGCAGACGUACUCCUAUCUGACCCCCGAUCUUUGGGCCGAUCAGCAGUUGAGCAAAACGCCUUACCAAGUGCAUACCGACCAUCUGUCGAACGCGAACAGGGCUCACGCUCAUUAUUCGAACGAAUAAGUUCCCUUCGCUCGUCGAUUGAACUGACCGGUGAAUAAACUCGUCUGCUUCGAAAGCAACA